ACCACUAUAUAAUUCCUUUAGUUUAAACCAUUUUAUACUAUAGCUUCAGGCCUUCAGCUAUGGCAUCAUGGUGUUUUAAUGGCAUGACUGCCCUUGUUACUGGUGGUGCUCGAGGUAUAGGACUUGCCAUAGUAGAGGAAUUAGCAAGCUUCGGGGCACAUGUAUAUACAUGUGCACUAGAACAAGAAGAAUUGGACGUGUGUUUGAAGAAAUGGAUUAGCAAGGGAUAUAAAGUAUCAGGAUCGGCGUGUAACCUAAUAAUACGAGAGGAGCGUGGAAAACUUAUGAAGAUUGUUAGUGAUCACUUCAAUGGAAAGCUUAACAUCCUAGUAAAUAAUGCAGGUGUGGGAAUACCGUCUAAAGAAAUGCAGCAUAUUACAGAGAAAGAUUGGUCACUUCUUAUGGGCACCAAUGUUGAGGCUUCUUUCCACAUAUCUCAAAUGGCAUACCCUUUGCUAAAAGCCUCUGGUGAUGGAAGCUUAGUGUUUAUCUCUUCCACUUUAGGAAUUGUUGCAUCACCUGGUUCUUCUCUCUAUGGACUCACUAAAGGGGCAAUAAACCAAUUAACCAGAAACUUAUCAUGCGAGUGGGCAAAAGAUAAUAUUCGCGUCAAUGCAGUGGCGCCAUGGGUUAUCGAAACCCCUCUUAUUGAUUUAGUCCGUCAAGAUCCAACGUCAAAAGAAGCAAUCAACGGUUUAAUCAAUCGUUCUGCAUUACAUCGUCCUGGCAAGCCUACUGAAGUUUCUGGGCCGGUGGCAUUUCUUUGCUCUCCGGCAGCUUCAUAUAUUACUGGUCACGUACUCUGUGUAGACGGUGGUGCUACCAUCAAUGGUUUUCCUUAAUUAAUAGGCCAGUCGUCCUCAAUAAGCAAUAAGUCAAUGCUCUUUCUUUUUUGUUUUAAAGAUUGUAAGUGCGUUGGAAUAUGUAUUGUAUGUAGAGUGGCUGCUUGUCUUGGAAUAUCCAGAGUCCAGACACAUGAGCACACAAAUAUAAUAACACCUUAUGUUGCCACAAAA